AAUGUUAAUUACGUUAGGACUGAACUUCCCGUUCGUAAAACACUUGCAGCGCUUUCAGUGAGGUGAGUUCAGAAAACUUGUUGCGGUCAGCAUCAAACGUCGAAGACUUACAUAGCUAAUGAUUUUUGGGAUUUAUUUACUGCUAUAACAGCAUUUCACUAUGAUUUAAUAAUAUUUCUGCGUCAAUCAUCAAAUAUACCAAGAUUCCUACAUGAAGGGGUCGGUGUUUCGCUGCUACUAGAUACAGAAGCUUGCUAAGGGAAAGCUUCUAUUCUAUCCACAAACAUUUGAAACAUCUGAAAAAUGAACCAAUCGCAAUCUAGACAUAGAUCUGGCGCAAUUUUCAACUAAGCAUGAUGUAACAGUAUCGAAAAUCAUUACGUGUAACUUUACUAAUGCAGGUUUGUUUUCCUUAUUGCAGGACAACAGAAAGUGAACGUAUUAGAAGAAGAAGAACAAAGCUUGCGCAAACUAACCCUGCUGGAUGAUGAGUAAAACUAUUUUGUAAUAGACUUCUCUUUUUGUACAAAAACCUCGAAUUUCAAUUUCUAAUAUAUCUCUGUUGUGCUCGCACGCCGUGUUCUCACUUGAGUGGCAUCUGCCAGUCCUGACUGUUGUGUUGUGUUUCAGAUUGCUCCUGCCUGCAAGUAAACGCUAAGAAUACGUGCUACAAGUGGUGAUGGAGGUGUUUAUGUCAAAACAUGAUGAACCCCCAGCCAUCCCCGGCAAGUUAACAGUCAACACAACCUCUCGCCAACCGCCACUGUUAGGCGUCUCAUCAGACUAUGACAUCUGGAAAAUUAGAGUAAUGACGUGCCUACGUCGAGUUCCAACUUCGGAACACUUCGACUACCUUCUGUCCUACUUAGAUGACGAAGCAGCGAAACGAGCGACAGCUAACGGCUUUACUGCGUGCAAUUCACCAUCUCAAAAUUGGAAGAUUUUAGAUGAAUGUUUUUCGUUGAAGGUGGAUACCCAGCAGUCAGCCAUCCAAUUUUUGUCUCGCCACCAGAAACCUCAUGAAAGCCCCAUCGACUAUCUUCACUCAUUACAGCAGAUAGCAACUCAGGCAUUCCCUAGCCUGGACAUCUUGGGGCGAGAAGAAAUUACACGCUCCCGUUUUAUUGAAGGACUGCUGCCAGGUGCACUGCGAGAACAUCUACUUCGAGUGCCACCGGCUGACACAGCCGACUUGAAACGAACGGCACUUCGAUUUUUGACUGCUGAAAGACUGUCAGUUCCAUUGGAGACCUAUCGACCAACCGUGAUGACUAUCGAUGAAGCCACCGAACCCAAUCGACAAGAUAGCUUUCAAAGUGCCGCGGCUAUUAGAGAGUUCCCUGACCGGAAUAGUAGACGAGGGCAGCCGACUUCCACAUGGAACGGACGGUCGUCAAGGGACAACUAUCGAGACCAGCAAACAGAAUGCUUCUACUGCAGACGUUUCGGCAAAAAUGCCAAGAAAUGUGGGCAUAACCGCGUGAAAAACAGAGGUAAGCAGUGUCGUUUGCAUAUAUCGUCUUGCUAUGUUAAACAUUUGUGCCCUGUUACUAUUAGGGGUAGAGUGCAAAGUACUGAGAUUAAUAUACUAUUAGAUACAGGAGCUUCAGUAUCCUUGAUCAAGGAAAACCUCUUGCAGAAACUUAACCACAGCACUCAGCGUAAACAAUGCUCUUCUACCUUAAUUACCGCGAGCGGAGAACCCUUGAAAGCGUGUUCUAAGAUAGGGUUAGAGCUAACGAUUGACAAGAAGCCUUUUCAACAUGAAUUCUGGGUUUGCCCCACACUGACUUGGGACAUGAUUCUCGGGGUCGACUUCAUGUUAAAAUACCAGGUCUCUAUACACAUGAAUAAGUCAGAAGCGAGUAUUGGUGUUGUCGUGCAAAUACAACACCAUGAAAUACCAACUAAGUCCGUAGCCCAGGUGGGAAUUUCAGAAAUUGUACGUCAGGUACAGGAUAACAAAAUAAUAAGUGAAAAAGACCGUCGAGCAACCACUGAUGUACUCCAACAAUUUAGUUCCGUUUUCUCUGAGAAUAUCUCUGGAAAUCGGACGACCACUGUACAGCACUCCAUCCUCACAGGUGAUCACAUGCCACUACGUCAACCACCUCGCCGAGUACCAGUACAUUACCAGCCUCAACUAGAAUCAAUGAUAAAAGAUAUGCUAGAGAAAAAGAUCAUUGUACCAUCUUCAUCACCAUGGGCAUCGCCUAUCGUUUUAGUGAAAAAGAAGGACUCUUCCCUACGACUAUGCGUAGACUACCGCCGCCUUAACGCUAUAACUAAACGUGAUUCUUUCCCACUUCCACGUAUAGACGCUACAUUAGAUGCCAUGAAAGGCGCUCGUUGGUUCUCGACUUUAGACUUAGCAUCAGGGUAUUGGCAAGUGGAAGUUCGACCUCAAGAUAGAAAAAAGACUGCAUUCACAGUACCCAAUGGUCUAUAUGAAUUCCAAGUGAUGCCGUUUGGGCUAACUAAUGCCCCAGCCACUUUCCAACGAUUAAUGCAGACAGUUCUACACGGUCUCGUACCACACCAGUGUUUAAUUUACCUUGACGAUAUUAUUGUGUAUGGCAGAACGCCGGAACAGCAUAAUGCCAAUUUGAAGGCAGUCCUACAACGAAUUAAGCAGCAUAACCUAAAAGUUAAACCAUCUAAAUGUCGACUAUUGCAAAAAGAAGUGCUCUUUUUAGGGCAUCGCAUUACAGAAGAUGGAGUAGCAACAGAUCAGGGAAAAACGAGCGCCAUUACUAACUGGCCACAACCGAAAUCUGCCGAGGAUGUUCGCAGCUUCCUGGGACUCGCUUCAUAUUAUAGACGUUUCGUACGCGAUUUCGCAUCCCUAGCAGCACCUCUACAUCGCCUGACGCACAAAGGACGAACAUUUUUGUGGACCACAGAAUGUCAACAAGCAUUUAGCACUUUGAAGUCGUGUCUUGCUGCUCCACCCAUACUAGCUUUUCCGGACACUUCUGCUAAAGCGGGUGAGUUUAUACUCGAUACAGAUGCUAGUUCAUCAGCUAUUGGAGCAGUCCUGUCUCAAAUAGCACUAGAUGGACAGGAGCGGGUCAUUGCGUACGCUAGUCGGCGGUUAGAUAAGAGGGAGACAAGGUAUUCUACGACGCGCCGAGAGAUGCUGGCUUUGGUAAAAUUUUCGCAACAUUUUCGUCACUAUCUCUUAGGACGACCCUUUCGUGUACGCACAGACCACCGUGCACUACAGUGGCUUCGUUCGUUCCGUGAACCAGAAGGUCAGGUAGCGCGCUGGCAGGAGAGGUUGCAGGAGUUUGAUUUUACUUGUGAAUACCGCCCCGGAAGCCGACACACAAACGCUGAUUCUCUAUCUCGUAUACCUUAUUCUCCUGAUACCAUUAGUGCCGUCCUUAGCACAGCCUCCGAGAUCGACUGGCCGUCUCUUCAAGCAGCAGACCCAGAUCUGCGAUUUAUUUAUCAGAGGCAACUACGUGGCAAUAAUAAACCAUCUAUGACAGAGUUAAAGGAUCAUUCCUUGGCGACGCGCCGUCUUUGUGUCAAGUGGGGCAGUCUAAGAUUGUAUGAAGACACGCUGUUUAUAGUCAGUGAAUCAAAACAACCACUGUUGAUAGUACCACGUAUACAAGUUCAGAAUAUUAUGGAGCAGGUACAUCGAGAACUGGGGCACUCAGGAAGACGGAAGACUGAACAUGCUAUCUGCCGAAGGUUUUGGUGGCCAUCCAUCCACGAAGACGUUGCGGAAUUCUGCAAAAAUUGUAGCACGUGCUAUGCUAUCAAGUCACCCCGACAAAUACCCCGCGCACCCUUAGUUCCAAUGACGACAGAAGGUCUGCAUCAGCGAGUUGGCAUCGAUAUUAUGGGGCCAUUCACAACGUCAAAGAACGGAAACCGUUAUUUACUGGUUAUGGUAGACUAUUUCAGCAAAUGGUGUGAAGCUGUGCCUAUACCACAACAAGAUGCCCUCACAGUCACUCGGGCUUUCAUUGAUCAUUGGGUAUCCCGGUACGGCGCUCCCCUCUCACUCCAUUCUGACCAAGGUUCAGCUUUUGAAAGUCAUCUCGUCGCCCAGGUAUGUCGAUUAUUGGGAAUCCGGAAAACACACUACCGCAUAUCAUCCAGAAGGUAACGGCUUAGUGGAAAGAACCAACAGGACUAUCAAAGCUCUCCUUCAAUCGUUUAUCAAUAAGUCGUCGACGGAAUGUUGGGAUGAUGUGAUACCACAAUGUCUGUUAGCUUACCGCUCAUCAAUGCACGGAUCUACAGGAUUUUCACCGGCGACCCUACUUUUUGGGCAUGAAUUGCGCCUACCCGUUGAGCUGCAAAUACCGCUGUUACCAUGCGAGGUCCAAGAUCAUGUAGUAUACAUCCGUAAUCUUCGCAGCCGCCUAGCCGACGCCUAUCGCUUAGUGAAGAUCAACCUACAAAAUGCCAGCAAGCACCAAAAGGACGUGUACGAUCGCAAGACGAACGGACCUGUGUAUAAACCCGGAGAUCGUUUGUGGCUGCACCGCCCUUUGGCCCCACCGGGGACAUGCAGCAAGUUCCAUCACCCCUGGCAAGGACCUUACGAAGUUGUGUUUAUGCGGUCUCCCACUACAUUUGUCUUACGUAACCUCCAACGACCCCAAGACGAUGUUAUAACAGUACACUACAAUCAAUUAAAGCCAGACAAGACAACUGUGCACUUAGGUACCCCGUUUGUCAACCCCCCGACUGCCGUCAGCCAUUAUGAAGUGCCACCAGAAGGAGGGGUAGCAUACCCAUGUCCAGCACCAGGCACUGAGGACAGUGCCUCAUGAAGAGAGGGGAUAGUGUAACAGUAUCGAAAAUCAUUACGUGUAACUUUACUAAUGCAGGUUUGUUUUCCUUAUUGCAGGACAACAGAAAGUGAACGUAUUAGAAGAAGAAGAACAAAGCUUGCGCAAACUAACCCUGCUGGAUGAUGAGUAAAACUAUUUUGUAAUAGACUUCUCUUUUUGUACAAAAACCUCGAAUUUCAAUUUCUAAUAUAUCUCUGUUGUGCUCGCACGCCGUGUUCUCACUUGAGUGGCAUCUGCCAGUCCUGACUGUUGUGUUGUGUUUCAGAUUGCUCCUGCCUGCAAGUAAACGCUAAGAAUACGUGCUACAAUGAUGAAUGAGUCGGUCUGUUCUGUCUUUCGUGACAAACUGAAGCGUUUAUUUCACUGGGGUCCAAUCUCUACAAUCUGGAUCAUAUUUUUUAUUACGCUCACGAGUUUAUACAGUACCUUACAUGUCGCCCCUCCCUGUUCAUCACUUCUUGGUCUGUUUCUUUCUACGUGCAUAUUUAGUUUCUUUUAUAUGACUCUGAAGUCUUACCUUUGUACUGUAUUUGUUGGUCCAGGAUUUGUUCCUCUUGGUUGGAGGCCGUGUGACCCUUCAGCUGAACAGAAGCUUCAGUUCUGUAAUGUUUGUAGAGGUUUUAAGCCUCCACGAGCCCAUCAUUGUCGAGCUUGCAACCGGUGCAUAAUGAAAAUGGACCAUCAUUGUCCCUGGAUAAAUACAUGUUGCGGUCAUCUUAACCAUAAAUACUUUUUGAUCUUUUUGUUGUUUGCUCCAUUCGGAUGCAUCACCUCUUGUAUAUCACUAUCGCUUUCUAUAUAUCAAAGUCCAGCAAUCGUAAGUUUUGGUUUAUUUCAUUAUUUCUCUGGUCACAGAUCGAUACACCCUGUAAACGACAUUAAUUUCGUUUUAAUUGGUGCCAUUUACCCGUCGGAUUAGAGAAAUUAACCUAUGACUCCAUCUCUUUUAAGGUUUUUCCCUGCUUGUAAACUCAUUACCGUAAGAGACCGACAACAGUCCCAAGUGUUUAUGGCAGUUUGAAUAAUUUCUCUGUGGUUUAAUGAGUGUUUCUAUCUUUCGUUAACUGAAUCAAUUGAUGAGUAAUAUCACUCUAAAAGGGUUACAUAUAAUUCGUGACGAUCGCUCGUCAAAACAGUCUUUAUUGACCUAUUCCCUAUUCCUUUUCCAGAUUUUUCAUGGCCUUGAUAACAUUCAUCACAUUUAGAUGAUCGGUGUAGAUUUUACAUGCAUGACUCGGUUGAAUACUAAACAAAGUUUAACCAAAAUAUGAAUGGAAUUCCCACAAGGUAUUUUCAUCGAUCCAGUUUCGUUAUCUGUGAUACUACAACUUUUAUUUUUGUUGGCAAAAAAUUGUUCAACGACUAAGAUUUUCUAAAUAAGUAGCUCUCGAGUAAUAAUGCUUAUUGAUGUUUUUAGCACUCACGGUCUUUAUGGAUUAUAAAAGAAACCUUAAUUAGAUCUCCAGUUUUCAUAGGUAUUUGUGCUUCCAGAAUCUGACUGAAACAGGUGCUCAGAUCUAACUGUAUAGAUUCGUCAACAUUUGUAAAAUUUUGUUAACAGGUCUCUGUGUCCACGUGUUCUUAAAGCUUAUCAGCAUAUACAACUUUAGAAAGUGAGUUUUAGUUUCAUGAUUCAAGAAAUCUUAAUAUUGCCGCAUUCCCUGGGAUCCGUGAUUUAUUCACAAAGCUUUCACUAUCUUGGUGGACAGUAACACGCUACCAGGUGGAAUGUUCUACCAGAACUUGACCUUUGAAAGGUGCACUGAUGACAUUGCCCGUAAUAUCAUGAUAAAACUGUCUAUCUAGGCAAACUACAGUUACCGAAAUUAUGUACUGCGAAUUUCCGAUGUUUGGGUUACAUAAAUGUUCAACUAGUUUCUUAAAUUACAAGUUAAAACAGUUACUGUCAAGCCAACCGAUAUCGGAUGAAUUUUUGACCAUAAUUUAAUCAAAUAUACCAAGUGAAGCAUCCGUCUUUCAUAUUGUGAUACCAGUGGUGGCUAUUGGGAGUAUUAUGUGUCCCAACUCACGUUUGAAAUGACGGUGUUGGUUGAUAACUUCUACAAUAAUUUUCCUUAUUUUUAAAAGGGGUUUAGAUUAGAUAAAGAUGGUUCUUGAAGAGAUAUUGUUUCAAGCAAUCAUUGUUUCCAUCAGACUAGGAUUCCAGAUAUAUCAUCAAAGCGGGUUUCUACAGUUAGUGUUGCAUCUACAGUCUAAGGCUGAACACCUAUAUGGCAAUUGUUUUAUGUUUCUGUAUAUAAAUCACUCGCUAAGUUAUGUAUUAGUCUCUUGUGGGGAUAUAGAUAUGAUGUGGAACUUUUCGUAGUAGCAGUAUUUCUAACUUAAUUGGUAGAAUGAUCUAUCGUGUUACGAGAUUUCGUGACUUUUGUGAAAUUUUGUGGUGACAUUAUUUUUUUCUAAUCACGAAGUUGUGUUCAUGAUUUUUCAAGAUCUGUGAGCAAUUUUGGUGGAAAAAGGCCCAUGCCCACGGGUGAUUACAGUUCUUUUUUACGUAUGAUUUGAUUUGCACGAAAAUCCAUGAGUACUAAAUUUAUGUUAAUAAUGCUGGUCUUCAUAAAAUGUAAGCAUUUUCGUUUGAUUUCAGUUUCCUAGUUUACUUUUGCGAAGAUUUCAAUCAAGCGUUUUGUUCGUCAUAGCUGAUCUAAUGAUAACAUUAUUUGCUUUGGGUUUAGCUGUGGGUGUUGCACUGUCUGUUGGGAUUUUAGCAAUUUUCCAGUUGAAAGCUGUUUCGAGGAAUCAAACGGGAAUAGAAUCAUGGAUCGUAGCGAAAGCAAACGUUUGGCGAAAGGAUAUAGGGGAAAAAAAACCAUUUCGCUAUCCAUAUGACCUUGGAAAGCUCGUAAAUUUUCAGCAGAUUUUUUUGUGGUCUGGUAAAGUCUUAGGAGAUGGAUACUACUGGCCUGUUGUGAAAGGCUGCACUCAGUAUGAUUUGACAUUGGAACAGAUCUAUCAGAAAAGGUUGAAGCAAAAAAUUCAGCGCACAUUCAAAAUUACCCAAAAUUAUGAUGGGAGUCGGUGUAUGUGUUUUCGUUAUGGAUGUCUAACUGCGAUACGUUCCCCAUGUUUUGAAGAACCCAGAAUAUCUGUACGUGUCGGUGAUGUUCUUAUGGUGACAAGGGGAACAAAGUACUGGAUUUAUGGGCAUUUGGUCCCUUCUGAAAGUUGUUCUGCUGAUUUUUCAGAUUCUGUCAGAAUUCGUGGGUGGGUUCCUCGCGUUUGCGCUUUUGAGGUCGAUUUCAAACACAAAAACGAUAAGUUCUCGCUUAAGAAUGACUAGGCAGUCACAUUCCAUAGUUCAGAGGUCGAUCAUUGUUCUAUUUUGUAGAUUACUACAGUGUUCGUACUAAUUGUCGUUACUUUACUCACUUUUGUAAUUUCUUUUCUUGUUCUAUUUUCCUAUUUACUUUCUCUUAUUUAAAAGAUUGAAUGGGAUGAAAUUAUCCGACUAACACGAACUGAACAUCUCAGUCUAAGAUUUGUUUAGAUUUACUGUUUAUUAUCAUUCUCACCACCAAUCUUAUAAAGUGACCCAGAUGUUAGAGGACAUGCAACAAACGUUACUAGAAGGAGAAUGUUGUGGUUAACUCACUCGCUGUCCUAAUGUAACUUGAAUUAGUUUCUGCUAGUCAUUUUUUGAAAAAUUAUGCCCAAUUUUCGUGGUAUGUAAAUAACCAAAACUAAAGAUUCAUAUGUUUAGAGAUGUACUUGUAUUUUAGUAGUUGGUGUUUGUUGAACACAAUCUUUUCAUAUAGAUUGAUAAUACAGUUACUUCAUUUUAGAUUGAUCAUAGUCUUCCUCUCUGAAAAUAACUGUUAUUGGGUCCCCUGGACUUCGUUCUUCCGACACUCGAGUCUGCAUAUCUAUUGGUCGAUCUGGUUUCUACAUGCUAUGCAGUAGUUUAGCUAAGGCAAUAGUGCAGUUAAAUUACAUUCCAAAUAGUGUUAUUUAGGAGGGGAGGAAUCUUCAUAAAUUGUCUUUUGCUAUGUCAUCAAUCUCAUAUUGUAUCACUAAGGCUAUCUACCAGUGAUUAACAGUCUACUAGCUUCCAGCUCCCAGAUUUUAUUUGUGACUAUCUUGUAUAGAAUUAGCGUCGUUCCAAAGCAUAUGAAUAAUAGCUCUGGAGAGUAUAAUCAUCUAAGGAGUAGGAUAUUUUACCUUAGUAAAGAUACACUUGCUGGAUUUAGUCUUCCUUAUCUAUGAUUCUAAAUAUGUGACUUUCAGUAGGUUAAGCCAACCAAAGUUUGUGCAUCUAACCUCUCGUUUCAGGAAAGUGCAGAUUCUUUCCUUAAAAAUAAAAUUAACUUUUCCCAAAACGUCACUAACAGUGACUUUGUCGUAAGUGAAUACGACUUCCUAUACCGAGAGACAAUCAGUCCACGGAGGCUUAUAAUAAUUAGGAUGUAUCAAUUUUCUGAGGUCCUCUCUUAAACACAUAGUUCAUCCAUGAAUAAUGAUACUACGGUCUCAUGGCUUAGUUAAUUGAUUAAUCGCACCAAAUCGACACAACGUUAAGACAUCACCAAGACCCACUUCACUAAGUCUUGAUUCCUGAGUAGAAUUAUUAGAUGUGAGGCAGUCAGUCACACACUGGGAUGAGAAUACGGUUAGGCAUCUUUCCUUCAAAGGUCGAUAAGUUCUGCAGAUGUGAUUAAUGUCUCCAUUCGGGAUUUCAUAUUAAGCUUCAACGUCAUCUGGCAUGUCGGGGCGCGGCACACUAAUGGUUUCAUGAGAGAUAUAAACCUCUUGACUUGAAAUUAGGACUGGUGGAUAUUGAAUUAAAUGAGCGGUUUGUGUGAAGAUUAUAAUGUUUGAGCCAUUAGACUAGUUGGUAGUCUCCAUUGAUGAACGAUGACAUCUUAUCUUUGGGCUACUCCUGUUCUUAUGUUUAUUGGCGAUAAUCUUUAAAAUGAGACGUAGCACCCCUUCAAGUAUUAAGACUUCUCAAGUUGAUUUAAACAAGUAAAACAGUUGGAUUCGGAUAUUAUUAUAGUUGUAAGUAUUCAAAUUUAUGCGCUAGCUAAGAAUUUCCGAAGCGAUGCUAUUCAAGGCAGGUAGAACUAGGUGGAUACAGCUUGACGUAAUACGGUUGUGGUUAGUAAUAGGCGGGCAUAUAAAGGGGCCGCAGUUUUACACAUACCAUAGCCUAAGUGGGGACCUGGAUUUCUGUUUUCUUACAAAGUACUUUACAUCGUGGGAGGAAGAAAACAGUUUUUUUUCUCUGUUAUGUGGCUCUGCAAUAUUGAGAUCUAUUCGUUUUUAGACAUACGCUGGCAACAAAUUCAAUUCUCAAAUCCGAAUAAGAUCUCCAGAAUUCGAGGACCACAACUGUGGUUUUCUGUUAGGCGGGCAUAGCAGAGAAAAGGCAUAAAAAUUAUCUUGAUUAUCCAGAUAGGCGAUU